GUUGAAGAAGCUGAAAGCACCGAAGGGGCUUCUCGAUGCUUUCCUGGAGGUGGACGUUUUCGUGUAUUUCCUGAAGUGCGUGGUGCUGUUUUUCCUUUGCAUUGGGCAGUUCGAUGGCAUGCCACCGCCGCUUUGCGCCAUCGCGUGCAUCGUCGUUUGCUGCCUCACAAUGCUUGUCAUGAACGUGGGCACCUUCCGAAAGGAGCUGAACAAGCAGAUUGAAAGCUUGUCGGAAAGUGUCACGGAGAUGCACCGUCUCUACAGGACAUACAGAGCUCAAUGCUUGAACUGGUUGGCCGGCGAGAACCCGUGGCGCUUUGCGUUCAUCGAGAAUGCCGGCGGCGAGCAGAGUUUGGGCAUGGAGAGCGUGAAGGACGUACAUUUCGUGGUUCCCGACCUAGGGCUUCGGCUGCAGGGGAAGGCCACUGUGGACGACCUUCUGCCGGAAGACGAGAAGCUCAAGCAGCAGCUGCUCAAGUACACUGC